AUGGCCGAGCUACAGCCAGAGGCACAGCAGGACCAAUCGGGAAACCAGGCCUGGCCACAGGCAGGAGGGCAGCAGGGGCCGCCCGGGGGAGAGCAGCAUGAGCUGCCAAGGGAAGAGCAGCAGAAGCCGCCGGGGGUGGGGCAGCUGCCGGCAAGGGAGCAGCAAGCGGUGGAUGUGGAGAUGGCCGAGCUACUGCCAGAGGUGCAGCAGGACCAAUCAGGGAACCAGGCCCGGCUGCAGGCAGGAGGGCAGCAGGAGCUGCCGGGGGAGGAGCGGCAGGAGCUGCCAACAGGAGGGCAGCUGGAGCUGUCGGGGGGAGGGCAGCAGGAGCUGUCGGAGGGGGAGCGGCGGGAGCUGCCGGCGCGGGGGCAGCUGGAGGUCGCUAGUGCGGACUCUACAAGCCAAGCGAAGAGAACCCGGGCACGGGGCCGAGGCGGGAGACGACACGCCCGUAAGACGCAAGGGCGAACUGGAAGCGGUGCUGCCGCACAGCAGGCGGAGGGGCAGCCGGGGGCGACCGAGACACCCCCGGGAGUUCCGCGGGUGGGGGGGCAGCCCUGGGUCCCCGGGGCGCCCCAAGGAGAGCAGCAGGCAGGGGGGCAGCCGGGGGUGACCGGAGCACCCCAGGGAGAGCAACAGGCAGGAGGGCAGCCGAGGGUGCCCAGGGCACCCCAGGGAGUGCAGCAGGCAGGGGGGCAGCCGGGGGGAGCGCAGCAGGCAGGAGGGCAGCCGAGGGUGCCCGGGGCACCCCAGGGAGCGCAGCAGGCAGGAGGGCAGCCGAGGGUGCCCGGGGCACCCCAGGGAGUGCAGCAGGCAGGAGGGCAGCAGGGGGUGCCCGGGGCACCCCAGGGAGUGCAGCAGGCAGGAGGGCAGCCGAGGGUGCCCGUAGCACCCCAGGGAGUGCAACAGUCAGGGGGGCAGCCGGGGGUGCCCGGGGCACCCCAGGGAGUGCAGCAGGCAGGAGGGCAGCCGAGGGUGCCCGGGGCGCCCCAGGGAGUGCAGCAGGCAGGAGGGCAGCCGAGGGUGCCCGGGGCACCCCAGGGAGUGCAGCAGGCAGGAGGGCAGCCGAGGGUGACCGGAGCACCCCAGGGAGGAGUGCAGCAGGCAGGAGGGCAGCCGGGGGUGACCGGAGCACCCCAUGGAGUGCAGCAGGCAGGAGAGCAGCCGCGGGUGCCCGGGGAACCCCAGGGUGUGCAGCAGGCAGGAGGGCAGCCGAGGGUGCCCGGGGCACCCCAGGGAGUGCAGCAGGCAGGGGGGCAGCCGGGGGUGCCCGGAGCACCCCAGGGAGUGCAGCAGGCAGGGGGGCAGCCGAGGUUGCCCGGGGCACCCCAGGGAGUGCAGCAGGCAGGGGGGCAGCCGGGGGUGCCCGGGGCACCCCCGGGAGUACGGCAGGCAGGAGGGCAGCCGAGGGUGCCCGGGGAACCCCAGGGAGUGCAGCAGGCAGGAGGGCAGCCGAGGGUGCCCGGGGCACCCCAGGGAGUGCAGCGGGCAGGUGGGGAGCCGGGGGUGCCCGGAGCACCCCAGGGAGUGCAGCAAGCAGGAGGGCAGCCGGGGGUGCCCGGGGCAUCCCAGGGAGUGCAGCAGGCAGGAGGGAAGCCGAGGGUGCCCGGGGCACCCCAGGGAGUGCAGCAGGCAGGAGGGCAGCCGAGGGUGCCCGGGGCACCCCAGGGAGUGCAGCAGGUAGGAGGGCAGCCGAGGAUGCCUGGAGCACCCCAGGGAGAACAGCAGGCUGGGGGGCAGCCGGGAGUGACCGGAGCACCCCAGGGAGAGCAGCAGCUAGGGGGGCAGCCGGGGGUGACCCGAGCACCUCAGGGCGAGCAGCAGGCAGGGGAGCAGCCGGGGGUGACCGGAGCACCCCAGGGAGUGCAGCAGGCAGGAGGGCAGCCGAUGGUGCCCGGGGAACCCCAGGGAGUGCAGCAGGCAGGAGGGCAGGGAGUGCAGCAGGCAGGAGGGCAGCCGAGGGUGCCCGGAGCACCCCAGGGAGAGCAGCAGGCAGGGGGGCAGCCGGGGGUGACCGGGGCACCCCAGGGAGCGCAGCAGCCAGGGGGGCAGCCGAGGGUGCCCUGGGCACCCCAAGGAGCGCAGCAAGCAGGGGGGCGAUCGAUGGACGACCAGGAGCAACAGUUGGAGGAGUGGUGUUGA